AUGUUGACACUUGCAAUUGGUGAUAUUUUUGUUCCUGAACGAGCAGUUGAUUUGCCCAGCAAGUUUCGCAAACUAUUAGCUCCUCAACCAAACAAUACACCCAGUAAUAGCAAAAUAAACCAAGUGAUAUGUUUAGGCAACAUCACAAAUUCCUCUACAAUAUUACAGUUCUUAACCAAUAUAUCUCCACAGUUUAAUUUGGUUAAAGGUGAAUUUGAUAAUCCUGUUGUUUUGUCCCAACAAUUGUCUUUGCUAAAUAAGAAUAGCAAUAUCCCACUAUACAAUAGAUUUGUUCACGAUAAUUUGAAAAUAGGAUACACAAACGGGUUUCAAGUAAUGCCAAGAGGUGACCCGCUAGCAUUAUCGGCAUUUGCUAGAGAAUUAGAUGUGGACGUGUUGAUUUGGGGAAGCACCCACAAGGUUGAAGCGUAUACUUUGGAUGGCAAGUUUUUUAUAAACCCUGGAAGUGCCACAGGUGCAUUUGGCUUUGACUGGCCAGAAAAUGAUGAUGAAGAAGAAGAGGAGGAACAAGAGGAAGACACGAGCAAAGACGAUCGUGAAAAGUCAAACAAAGGAGUAGAGGAGAACGAAGAUAACCCAGAAAACCAUGACAGCAACACUAAGGAGACCAAAGAUCCGGAAUCUAAAGCAGAAAACGACACUAGCACGUCUGUUCUGGACUUCAAACAAAGUUUACAAGAAGUGAGUGAUAUAAACUCGAAUAUCCCUUCAUUUUGCUUGCUUGACACGCAUGGCUCAACAUGCAUCUUGUAUAUUUACACCCAAAUUGAUGGAGAAGUUAAGGUAGAUAAAGUUACAUACACAAAAGAUUAG